AUUUGAUGUUUUAUUGGACACACUGUAACUGUGACUAUCUCUUCUCCCACUGAGGAACUGAGGACCACAUUUAUCUAUAGGAACCACACAGAGAACCACACUAUUAGAGCCACACUUAAGGAGCCACAUCAAUGCCACUCUGUGUGAAGUGCGUCCUGUCUUUCUUAUAUUAGACUUAUUUCUUCUGACAUUUUCCUUUGGAGUUUUCCAGUGUUGAAUGUAUCUGAACCAUGCCAGGGAUUUAAUCAUUCGUGUGGGAAUUAGAAUUCAAUGUGUUCGGGUCUGAAUAAUUGAUGUCCACCGUCAACAACAGCGGCGUUCAGUGGGUUUUGUGUAUAAUUAGUGCCACCAGUCAGUGACUGGGCUCUGUGUUUAAUUAGUCCCCUGUUAUAGACAAGGGGAUGUAGUGUCUUCUGAUGGAGAAGGGCGACGACACGGAGAGGUCCCUACUGAACCACAGCACCACCGCACCCUCCCGACUCUCCGGGGAAACACCGACCAACAACAAUCACGUGUCCCCCUCCCCAGGAAAGAGGUAUGACGCCCCCUCGGGAGACAGGGCGGAUGAGUCCACCUCGGCGUGGAUGGAGUUUAAGCCCGUCAUUAAUCAAAUGGACAAGGUACUGGAGAAUAAAUACCGAUUCCGCAAUAAAAGUCACGUGGCACUUAAUGUCCAGGGCAAGGUGUAUAAUUUUCUGGAGCGACCCACGGGCUGGAAAUGCUUCAUCUAUCACUUUACGGUUUUUAUGAUGGUGCUAAUCUGCUUGAUCUUCAGUGUACUUUCAACAAUUGAUCAGUAUACAGCAUUUGCCAACGAAACAUUGUUCUAUAUGGAAAUAGUACUUGUGGUGUUCUUUGGUCUGGAGUACGUCAUUCGGCUGUGGUCCGCCGGCUGUAGAAGUAAAUAUAUGGGGAUUGCAGGACGCUUCAGAUUCGCCCGUAAACCAAUAUCUAUUAUAGAUUUUCUGGUGGUGACGGCAUCCAUUGUGGUUCUGUCUGUGGGGUCUAACGGACAGGUGUUCGCCACAUCAGCCAUCAGAGGUGUACGGUUUCUUCAAAUCCUUCGUAUGUUACACGUUGACAGACAGGGAGGAACUUGGCGUCUAUUGGGAUCAGUUGUCUACAUACACAGACAGGAACUGAUCACCACGCUUUAUAUAGGAUUCCUGGGUCUCAUUUUCUCCUCGUAUUUUGUCUACCUAGCAGAAAAAGAAAACGGGUCCACAGACUUCACCAGCUACGCUGACGCCCUCUGGUGGGGAGUGAUUACUGUGACAACGAUUGGUUAUGGGGAUACAGUUCCCCAGACCUGGAUGGGGAGGAUUGUAGCCUCCUGUUUUUCUGUGUUUGCCAUUUCAUUUUUUGCUCUUCCUGCUGGCAUACUCGGGUCUGGAUUCGCCCUGAAAGUUCAGCAAAAACAACGACAGAAACAUUUUAAUCGUCAGAUUCCCACUGCUGCCUCACUUAUACAGUGCUUAUGGCGAUGCCACGCGGCUGAGCCUAAUUUUCAUUCUAGCGCCACCUGGAAGGUUCAUCUAGAUGAAAAGCGCCACCAACACAAACAUCAUUACGGUUUUUCAAAAAUGUCUAACCAUCACUCCAAGAAAAUGAUCAACAAUAAACAAAACCCAUCGUCAGGGUCUCUAUCUAGAUUUCCUCAAAGACCGAAUCUUCUGAAGAAACGAAAUUUUUCCCGGACCUCCAGCAUAACUGAUAAACACGGCAGUUGUCAAUCUAUUCCAGAGUACUCAGAGAAAACAGAUCUGAACAACUGUCAGGCAGUAGAAAUGAUGGAAUACUCCAACGACGGACUGGAGGAAGAAGCUGUGUCUAAACCUCAGGAAUUAACCGAAGAACAUAAAACAAUGAUAAGAGUUAUUCGAAGAAUUAAAUUCUUUGUUGCCAGGCGACGUUUUCAGCUAGCUCGGAAGCCUUAUGACGUCAGAGAUGUUAUUGAGCAAUAUUCUCAGGGACAUUUAAACAUGAUGGUGCGGAUCAAAGAACUUCAGAGGAGACUGGAUACAACUCUGGGAAAGCCACUACAUGUACUGAACAGGGAUAAAGAACGAGUGACCGUCUUCUCCAAGUUAUCGAGUAUGGAGUCUCAAAUGCGGGAACUAGACAGAAAAAUGGAUCAGAUUCUGGUGCUCCUACACACACAACAUCGACAAGCGCACGACUGACUUAGAGUUCACAGAUCCGAGUAUCAAUGAUUCUACACACAACAACAACGACAAGCACACGAUUGAUGCAGAGUUCACAGAUCCGAGUCUCAAUGGUUCUACACGCUCAACAACGACAAGCACACGAUUGACACAGAUUUCGCUUUUACACACACAACAACAACAAACACACAAUUAACAGAGCGUUCACAGAUCCGAGUCUAGUGUUGUUUUUUUUACGCAAAACACUUUCUGCAUGAUUAACAGAGAUUUUAUAGACUUACGUCUACAUACAGCAUCGAGAAGCGCCUGUUUAACAGUGAUUUAGGGAAAAUUUAUAAAGUAUGAAACAAACAUACAAUAUCGACAAGUGGUUGAUAUACAGAUUUAAGUCUCAAUGGUUCUACACACGAUACCGACAAGCACCAUAGAGCUAAGUCUCCAAACAAGCGUGUGUUCGAUGGAGAUUUAUAAACCAGAUUUUGGAGAUUCUUUAUUCGUGUCGACACAGAAACAUUUCUGGAGAGGAAAUUUGUAUACGAAUGGAAAACGUUUGUAGCAGAACUGAUAUCUACGAAUACUGCAUUUAAACAUGGGACUUUACCCCAGAUAAAAUAGAUUUCCUAAUUUUAACUCGUGUCCGAAACGUUUUUAUCAAUGAACGUGUUCAUAGAUGAAAAUGCUCGCCUUGACAGUGCUUUUAUUUAUGAAUUGCACUUUUCAACAUUAUACAUAAAUUUCCGUUUAUUUAAAAUAAAAAUAUAUUUAUUUUUUUCUUACACGUUCAUGAUCAAAUGUGUUGAAGCAAUUUUAUCA